AUGCCGAGCAAGAGUGCAGAAGCUUCUAGCGGUGGUGCUUGUAUCACCGGUCAACCAGAGGAGGAAGCAGACGACGGUAGCCCAUCAUCCUUCCUGCCUGGCCAGCAGGUCCGCUUGGCCUCAGAAACGAACGCACGAGUCGUGGCAUGGCUCGAAGCCUUCGACGGGCCGGUAGAUCCAGAGGGUGCAGGGGGCACUGGGGUCAGCAGCAGACCCCAUCCCUUGUACAACCGCGCCCAGCGGCGUUUGAACCGGUUCCGACCCGACCAGCCCUGGGUCCCCCUCCGUCGCCGGUACAACCCUUCCCAAGUCCGUCGAAGCCGGUUCGGAAUCCGCUGGCCAUGGGUUCCUCAUCGUCGCCGGAUCCGCCCCCAAGAGCCCGUCUUGUACACACCACAGCCAGUCCGGCCGUGGCUGGGGGGGAGAGCUGCAGCUUCGGAGUCAUGGAAAACUACCACUUCGGAAUCAGGGAUGAGCUAUACAUUGCCCGGCCGCUCCAAGUCUUGCCCAAUGCUAGAGGAAACCCGUUCGUCAACACGGCCGGCACGAUUGCGUGCCAGAACACUGUACAAUGACGGGUGGCCGACGCAGACAGUGGUGAGCCGGGGACAGGAACAGAGUGGAACCUAGGAUGGGGUCAUUAUAAGCGGUGGCCUGAGAAAAUCCAGUACAGACGGAAACUCCAAACCCUCGCAAAGGUGAAUACCGAUAAUUUCAGUGCAGUCAGUUCAAUUC